AUGCCACUCAAUAUUCUAGGUACUAUACUGCUGGAAGGUACUGAUAAAGUUCCAGGGUGGGACUAUGCAAAAAAAUACGGACCGCUCUUGCUUACAGCAGGACUCACAAAGUUUUACUUUGGUGGAUCAACUAAUACGUGGGAGAGAGACUUACACGGUAAAGUUUAUCUCGUGACCGGAGGAACGUCGGGUAUCGGCGCCUCCUUGGUGCGCGAGCUUGCUAAUAGAGGUGCACAACUUGUUCUGUUGAGCUCACAGUUGAAUGAGGAUGGGUCAGGAGGUGCGUGGAUUACAGAUUAUAUCGAUGAUCUCAGGAACGACACGGGCAACCAAUUGAUUUACGCGGAGCAUUGUGACUUGUCCUCCUUGUAUUCCAUUAGAAAAUUUGCUACCACUUGGCUUGAUCAGUCCCCACCGCGUCGUCUUGAUGGGAUUCUGUGCCUUGCAGCCGAAGCGGCACCAAUUGGCAAGGUGAGAGAAUCAAGUAUAGACGGCGUUGAACGUCAAAUGGCAAUCAAUUACCUAGGCCACUUUCAUCUGCUCACAUUGCUUGAACCGUCUCUCAAAGUUCAGUUGGCAGAUAGAGAUGUUAGAAUAUUACUGGCCAGCUGUAUGAGUCAGUCAAUAGGUGAGAUCGAUCUGAACGAUUUGUUGUGGGACGAAAGAAAAUACCCUGCAAACCAGCCAUGGAAGGUCUAUGGGACAUCAAAGCUAAUGCUUUCCAUGUUUGCAAAAGAGUACCAACGCAGGCUGGACAGCUUUCAAAGAAAAGAUGGUGAACCAAAUAACACGAAAAUCAACGUCGUGAACCCAGGAUUGGUAAGAACCCCUUCGAUGCGCCGCAUUCUCUCCAUGGGCUCCAUUUGGGGCCUGCUGCUUUAUUUGAUUUUGUAUCCUUUUUGGUGGUUCGUUUUGAAAUCCGGAGAACAGGGAAUGCAGUCGUUCUUGUUUGCACUCAACUCUCCUGAGUUCCUUAAAUUGCAUGGUGGUAAUUACGUCAAAGAAUGCUCAAUUGUCAAAAAGGAACAGCGCUCUGAACUCAACAAUAAAGAACUACAAGCGGCUUUAUUCGAUAAAACUAAAAAGGUGGUUGAGAUUUUGGAGAAAAGAUCUGCGAUCGAACGGAACAGGCUGAAGAAGCAAAAUGGGGACAAGAGCAAAAAGAAAGAGGUUAAGAACAAGGCCUUAUCGAUCGGCAUUCAAGAGCCCGCAUGA